CGCUAAUGGUCGUCGCAAUGGCUUCCAAUCGCUGUUUGCCAGUCUUCAUUGGUGGGUGGUUAUGGUCGGUGUUAGUGAUUGGUUCGCCGAUGGGUCAAGGCAGCGCCCUAUUGUCUUGCAGCCAACGAAUGUCGCACCAACUCUCCGGCUUUCGCAACACCCCGCCAUCACCUGCACCUAAUGUAUCACAGCAGUUUAUCUAUCCUCUUCCCUUGAACCGAGAUCAACCAAAUUAUACCUCCUGUGCUGUCAUCGCGUGAAAUAUCAGCCCCCAGAAAUUUGUGCAGAUGCAUCUAAAGUGUACACAAGAAGCAUGGAUUUGUCUCCCCUAGUAAAGGCCCACGACCAUGCGAGAGCCGCAUCAGUUGCGACCCAGACCGCCGACACCACGGUCGCCAUCAUCCACCAUGCCCAGGCCGCCGGCGAGUUCGCAAACGCUGCAAAGAGCACUACGAGCACCGAGGCUCUACGGACGCUGGCCCUCCUAGAGCAGCAUCACAAGCGCUUGGCCGAACUACUCAAGGUGCCAAUCGAGCCGACAAGUCAGCCAUCGAGUGUGGAUAGUGACAUUCCUGAGGAAGAUGAGGAAAAGGCAUCAACAAGUCAGGAUGCCGGGAUUAAGUCAGCCAAAUCGGACAGGGCUGGACCGCCUUCGCUCGCCACAUUACCCAGCGCAGCUAAACCCCCGCCCACUCUUUCGCAACAUCCCAGAUACCGUCAGCGGGACCUUUCCUCGUCCAUUGCCAGCAAGCUUGCGUCAGCAAGAGGGAUAAGAUCGAGAUACCAAGGGCAGAGCCAACCGUUGAACCCCAGCGUGUCCAACGAUCAGGCACCCGGCAACUUGGAAGUCCAUCCCCGGAACAGAGAGGGCUCGCUGAGGGGUGGAAGCAAGGGAAACGAAGUGUCUGAUAGAGCACAAAAGCAACAGCCGAGCUGGGUACCUCCAGGGAAAACGUCACCAACCAAGGAAGAUGCGGCUGGUUCCUCUUCGAAACCUCAAAUAUCUGGCCCCGACUCACCUACAGCUACCGAUGACGGCUUUACAAGAUUUUACAGCACAUUCGGUAGUCUAAUCAACCGACUUUCCGCGCCUCUAGCCUUCGCCGGCCUUCCCUUGACAGCCGAGGACUCGUCGGACACGGCUAGCCCGGUGCUCUCCCCGGAGAUCGCGCCGCGCUCAGGGUCAAAACCGCCCCGGCAACCCAAGGCCACAACUGUUUCUGCCUCGAGCGACCCGGAUCUUACCAAAAUCUACUCUCGCGCCACUCUACGCACCCUUGCUCGCGAUGGCCACGCGCCUGCCGACUCGUUCUACGUGGUUCCAACCAGCGGCCACACCGCCUCCUAUGCCAGCAUCCUCAACCACGAGCAGAAGGAGAAGCGGCGCCUAGCCGCCUCGAUCCACGGCCACCGCGACCACGGCAACGGUAAUCCCCUGGACGACCAGGAAGAAGACGAGGACGAUUUUGUCGACGCUCGGGAGUCGCAAAUCCAGUCCCCGCCUGUUCUCCCACCAUCGUCAUCCUCGGCUGCUACAAACCCCUCGGCCUUCCGCAAGAGGCUAGGCAGGCCAAAGUCAGAAAAGGAUCUGACCAACGUGAUCGAGGAGCUUCACAUGGAGAACCAAACGCUCAAGGAUGCGCUCGACAAGGUGAGCAGGCGGCUGCAUACGUUUGAGGUCCACUCGCAGACUUCAACGCUGGCGUUGGCGCAGAGUAUCCGGUUGCAGCAUCCUGGCACUGGCACUGGCACUGGCGGUACCGCCGGUCACGGUUCGCCUAUCAAUGCUAGUGGCGUGAUGGGCGCUACCGCCCCGGGUGCUCGUCCGGAAGAGGUGGCGGCGCUCAAGAGAAGGAAUAGAGAGUUGGAGGAGCAAAUGAUGAACAUGACGAGGCAAAUGGCGGUUAUGGAAAAGGAUUAUGACAAGCUGCAGAAGACGGUGGAGAAGUAUAGAGAGCGGUGGGAGCAGUUGAAAGCGGGAGCCAAGGCGAGGAGAGAGGCUCAACAGAGCUUGAGUGGACAGGGGAGUGGUGGGAAUCAGGGAGAGGGUGGCGGUGCUGGUGAAGCUGCUUGAGAAAGAUGGGAAAUAAAGCAAGAUGUGUUGGGUAUAUGCAUAUAGAAAGAGUGAAAUAGAAGUAUCAUGUCUAUCAAACAGUCCUUCACUUUCAC